GCUUUCUCAAAAAGCUCAACUGUUCUCCCAUUUGGUAUCUUUGGUUAUUGUACUGACAGGUGGUAUUAAUGAUGGAUGAUGAGAAAGGCCCUCUUCCGCCUCAUCAGGCAGAACAGAAUGACCCCGUGGCUGAAAUGGAUGAGUUUGGUCAGAAUAACGAAGAACCGAGCGAUAGGGAGACACAGGAGCCGGAGGAGAAGCACCUCAAGGGCUUUCGAAUGUAUUGCGUAUCCCUGGCUCUAUUGACGUCUAUUUUCCUCACCACUCUGGACGCUUCUAUCAUCUCAACGGCAGUACCCCAAAUUUCUAGUCGUUUCCACUCCACACUGGACAUUGGGUGGUAUAGCUCGGUUUACAUGAUUGCUAUAUGUGCUAUCCUGCCGAUGGCGGGGAAGUUCUACGCGCAUUUCAACCCUAAGUUUACCUUUCUUGGGUUCCUCUUUUUGUUCGAAUUAGGCUCUCUGCUUUCUGGUGUGGCAGUGUUCUCGAGGAUGUUGAUUGUGGGUCGAGCGGUUGCUGGACUUGGGAGCGCAGGGAUUUAUAACGGGGCUUUGACCAUUAUGGGAAAAGGAAUGAAGCCAUCCGCUCGGGCUUGGCAGAUCGGCCUGGGAACAUCGAUGGCUACGAUCGGAUCGGUGUUUGGGCCAUUGAUCGGGGGCAGCUUGACCUCCCGGGUGUCAUGGAGGUGGUGUUUCUACAUCAAUCUCCCGCCGGGUGGUUUGACAGCCCUAAUUCUCGUGGUAAUGAAGAUCCCAACUGGCAACGAUGAGCCAGAGCUUCCGAAAGGGCUGCGGAAAUCGCUCGCUCUGUUUGAUCCUGUUGGGUUUCUUUUGUUCUGCCCAUCAUGUAUCUUGUUUCUCCUUGCUAUCCAAUGGGGUGGGGUGAAAUAUCCAUGGAACUCUGCUCGUGUGAUUGGCCUUCUAUGUGGAUCUGCAGUAGGAUUCAUUCUCUUUGUGGCACAGGAGGCGUGUCACGGUGACAAAGCCAUGAUAGCACCCAAGAUGGCUCGUAACUCGGUUGUCUUUUUCGGAUUCUGGACAGUCCUAUUUCAAUUCGGAUCACUUAUGGUGAUUACGUAUUAUCUGCCGCUGUGGUUCCAGGUUGUCAAAGACGCCAGUCCGAUCCGGAGUGGUGUAAUGCUGUUGCCCACUAUCAUCGCUCAAACACUGUUCACGGUGGUUGCAGGCGCUAUUGUAUCCAAGGGUGGAUAUUGCGCACCACCAGCACUAACCGGAUGCGCACUCACCGUCAUUGGCGCAGGUCUAAUGACAACCUUUGUUCCCUCUACCCGGUCAGGGAAGUGGAUUGGUUAUCAGAUACUUAUUGGUGCUGGCCGAGGUUUAUCAAUUCAAGUGCCUAUCAUCGCUACACAAGCUGUCCUUCCGCGGCAGCUGAUCUCUUCGGGAACUUCCAUUAUUUUAUUCGGGCAAUUCUUCGGUGGUGCAGUUUUUACAGCAUCAGCGCAAACAAUCUUUACAAACCGACUCUAUAAUUCCUUGCUCGAGUACCUCCCGUAUCCCGAGACCGUGAAGGAUAUCGUUGAGGCGGGAGCAAUUCCAUCGAGCUUUGCGCAGCUUGUCCCGGCGACAGACUACGCUGAUGUCAUUCGAGCGUAUAAUGAUGCCUUGACACAAACCUGGUACCUGGGAGUUGGACUCGCCGGAGUUGCAUGCUUCGUCUGCUUCGGAUUAGGAUGGACCCAUAUUGACAACAAAAAACCAAAGAAAAAAGCAAAAAGUCCGGCAGUGGACGAAAACGCCGAAGAGAAAAAGGGUAUUUGAGGUAUUAAGUGUGCUCCUACUCUAUCUGCAACAUACUUUGGCUCAGAGGCCUGCUUCGGGCCGCACUACGUAUGCAUGGACGAGAACGGCUUUGUACAAAAAUAUGGACCGUCGUCGACCGAUGCUUAUGUCGCUGGUAAGCUCUUGCCAAGAGCACUAAUAUCCUCUUGGCGUAAGAGUUAGAUUUCAAUCUAGGAUCUACUAAGAUCGAUUAUUGAAACCAACAUAGGGAGUGGACUUGGUGGGGAGACUCUUUUGGCGAAACCCCCUUCAAGGUCUAGCAACUGGGAAGCCCACAAAAACCUCUUUCACAUAUAAUUCCUACUCCGCGUUCAAUGCAUGUUCCAGACUUCCUAGAGAGGAAGAGGCCCGUUAGAAUACCCCGAUUGAAAUAUUUACAGCGGGUCAUGCUCGGUCGCAGACUUUCUGCUAGUUGUCAGACUGUGAAAUGGGCGCGGAAAACUCGGCUACCUUGGAUCACUAUGUGGCUAAAGAUGCAACUAAAAUGUCUAGACCGAAUGCAAGAUAAGCCUGUUCUCAUUGUUUUGACCAAACCCUGUCCUUCAAGGUCCGUGGGAACAGUCCGGGCAUGAAAGAGAAGGAUGAAAGAAGAGCGAGGACUAGCGUGCGACUAAGAUUC